AUGUUGCUUAAACAUCGCAUACUUUUAUCAAAAAUUCGGGUAAAUAACAAAUAUAGAAAACAAUUUUCGACCCAAACGAAUGUGGCUGAAAUUGAAGUACCGUUUUCUAAUGGAACACAGCUUAAACUUUCUUCGGGUCGUUAUGCAAGAUUUGCAGAUGGAGCAUGUGUUGCAACCCUGGGGAAAACUAGUGUUCUUUCUACAGUUGUAUCAAAAGCUAAGCAAAGCUCUGCAUCAUUUCUGCCCCUUGUAGUUGACUAUAGACAGAAGGCUGCAGCAGCUGGCCGUAUACCCACUAACUUUUUGAGAAAAGAAUUAGGUCCAACAGAACGCGAAAUUUUGACCUCACGAUUGAUAGACAGGUCUCUGAGACCACUUUUUCCUCAAAAUUACUACUUUGAUACACAAAUAGUAUGUAAUAUGUUAGCAGUGGAUGGAACAAAUUUGCCAGAAACAACAGCAAUCAAUGCAGCAAGUGCUGCUCUUGCAUUGUCAGAUGUACCUUGGAACGGACCAGUGGGUGCUGUUAGGCUAGGACAAAUAGACCAUGAAAUAAUUGUUAAUCCAACUAGACGGGAAUUAGAACAGUCCACUUUGAAUCUGGUGGUGACAGCAGCCGCCACCAAUCUGGUUGUGAUGUUGGAAGGCAACGCUAAGGAUAUUUUACAGCAGGACCUUCUCAAAGCCAUCAAAUUAGGUACAAAAGAAGCUCAACAUAUAGUACGAGGUAUAGAAAAAUUACAGAAGGACUAUGGAAAGACGAAACGUGAAUUUGAAGUUCCAGAUCCAAUCGACCAGAGUGUAAUUGACUCGAUAAAGACUCUUUCAAAUAUGAAAAUUAGGGAAAUAUUAAGUGAUUUUAGCCAUGACAAAAUAUCCCGCGAUAACGCAGUAUCAGAUCUACGACAAACCGUUUUGAACCAACUUCGGGACACUGAGGUGGAUGUUGGCAAACUCCAAGAAUGUUUUAAUAGCAAUUUGAAGCAGAUAUUUAGAGAUCUUAUUUUUGAGACUGAAGUACGGUGUGACGGAAGGGCGUUGGAUGAAUUGAGGAAUAUUUCUUGUGAGGUAUCCCUGUACGAGCCUCUGCACGGAAGUGCGUUAUUCCAACGUGGUCAGACGCAAGUGUUAUGUACUGUUGCAUUUGAUUCUCCAGAAAGUGCUUUAAAAAUGGACCCACUUACAAUGAUUACUAGCGGUAUAAAAGAAAAGAGUUUCUUUCUCCACUACGAGUUUCCUUCAUACGCGACGGGAGAGGUGGGGCGUACUGGCCCAGCGGGAAGACGAGAAAUGGGGCACGGGGCACUCGCAGAGAGGGGCCUAUUACCCGUUGUGCCCCAGCAUCCUUGUACCGUGAGGCUUACGGCUGAAGUACUUGAAUCAAAUGGUUCGUCCUCAAUGGCGUCAGUAUGUGCUGGUUCACUCGCUCUUCUAGAUGCAGGUGUAGAAUUGCUCUCACCAGCCGCAGGUGUUGCUAUAGGCCUCGUUUCAAAGCAAGACGAAAAAGGAAACAUCGGGGACUACAGAAUACUCACUGAUUUGUUAGGUAUAGAAGACUAUAUGGGUGAUAUGGAUUUCAAAGUGGCAGGAACUAAAAAGGGUAUUACCGCUCUGCAAGCGGAUAUCAAGAUAGCGGGACUUCCCCUUAAGGUAGUCAUGGAGUCAAUACAAAAGGCUUGCGAUGCCAAAAGCAGAAUUAUCGAUAUUAUGAAUAAGUGCAUUGAUAAGCCGAGUCAAAAAAACAAAGAGAAUAUGCCAGUUAUGGAAGAAUUGGAAGUAGAGGCGCACAAGCGAUCGAAAUUACUUGGUAUAGGAGGUAUUAAUCUCAAGAAAUUAUAUGUGGAGACUGGUGUGCAGAUUAGCCCAAUAGACGAGUGCAAAUACAGCGUGUUCGCGCCCUCUCAAGCGGCCAUGGACGAAGCGAGAGUUCGCAUCAACAACUGGGUCAGCGCUGAGAGGACCCCGGAACUUGAGUUUGGGGCUAUUUAUACAGCUAAGGUUGUAGAAGUACGUGAAAUCGGCGUACUAGUGACUCUUUAUAGUGCAAUGUCACCAGCAUUAGUUCACAACAGUCAGCUAGACCAUAGAAAGAUAAUGCAUCCAUCAGUACUAGGUUUAGACGUAGGUUCAGAAAUUCAAGUGAAAUACUUUGGACGGGAUCCAGUUUCAGGGCAUUUAAGACUAUCCCGGAAAGUUCUAACCUCACCGCCACCCGGGAUUGUGCGAAAACUUGACAAAAGUUAA